AUGCAUGCAUGCCUUCGACAGCCAAUGAGGCUCUGUCGCUGGGCGGGUCUGUUUCCUGUUGAAGGGCUGAAUAAAAAAACUUGCUCUGACUUGAGGUUAAAUUUAAAUUCUACAUACAUGAUUUACCAUUGCUUAACACUUCUCGGACAAUUUUCCCUGACCAGUACGAGUGCUUAUCAUUUCUUCACCAAUAAUCUAAGCCGCAACCAUUUGGUUGACCUUGUGUUUUACACGACUAACUUAACUACUGCGUGUUUCAUGGGUAAACUGGCAAGAAAUUGGGCCUUACUCAUACAAAAAGCAGGCUCUAUUGAAAAAAGUGUUCUUCAUAUACAAUCAGGCAGCAAUGGUCCUGAGAGGUACACCAGAAUAGCUUAUUUCAUGUUGAUUUUAUCUUUGGUGGAACAUAUUUUGUCAGUAAUCUUCAAACUGAAGCUCUUAAUGAGCUGCGAUUGGGAAAAUGAUACAGAAGAUUUAGAUUUCAUGGAGCGCUUCUUUACAUUGAUCGCCUCUUUCGUGUUUGAGCUCACAUCGUACAGCCAUUGGAAAGCUGUACUGUUUGAGGUGGCCAACAUACAAUCUACUUUCCUAUGGAACUUUACAGACGCUAUGACGAUGUGCGUCAGUUUAUACCUAACCUCGUAUUUCAGAGUCCUGAACAAACUCAUCGAACAUCAGCAACGUUUGAAAAUCACCCGAUGGGAAGAAAUCAGGUCCUAUUACUCAGACUUAGUCCAACUUGUCCAAGUUGUCGACUCCAAAAUGUGUUAUUUAAUUCUCCUGUCGUUUUUCACCAACGUCUUCUUCAUCUGUAAUCAAGUGUUUUCUCUUCUCAACAACAAUUAUCCCGAUUUUAUGGAUUGUCAUCAUCAAAAUUUUAAAGUUGUGGAAUAUUACAUUUACUACUGCUACUCGUCUAUAUUCCUGUUCGUGAGAGCCACCAUGACUUCUUUGAUGGCUGCGAACCUCCAUACUGUGGCUACGGAACCAUUUUAUAUCUUACAACAUGUACCAGCGUCGGAUUAUACAAUAGAGGUACAAAGAUUUAUUCGUCAGACUAAAUACACAACAACAGCUCUUAGUGGGCUGUUUUUUGACGUGACCAGAGGAAUGAUUCUAACGGUAAUUGGAACCAUAAUAAAGUAUGAACUCGUGUUACUACAAUUCAGUGUAAAAAGAUAUGAAGCUAUGCAAUAA